AUGACCAACGAUAUGGCUUUCAACGAAAAAGUCGAUCCGGAGCUCAUAUUUACCAAGCAAGAACGUAUUGGAAAAGGCUCAUUUGGUGAAGUUUUCAAAGGGAUAGACAACCGAACACAACAAAUUGUGGCCAUUAAAAUAAUUGACUUGGAAGAGGCUGAAGAUGAAAUUGAAGACAUCCAACAAGAGAUCAUGGUAUUAUCUCAAUGUGACAGUCCAUUUGUCACCAAAUAUUUUGGUUCCUAUUUAAAAGGCACUAAGCUAUGGAUUAUCAUGGAAUAUCUUGGUGGUGGGUCAGCUCUUGAUUUAAUGAAAGCUGGUAAUUUUGAAGAAAUGCAUAUUGCUAUUAUACUUAGAGAAGUUUUAAAAGGUCUUGAUUAUUUACAUUGUGAACGGAAAUUACACAGGGAUAUAAAAGCGGCAAAUGUUCUGUUAAGUGAAAUUGGUGAUGUAAAAUUAGCUGAUUUUGGUGUUGCCGGUCAAUUGACAAAUACAACUAGUAAACGGAAUACAUUUGUUGGUACACCAUUUUGGAUGGCGCCUGAAGUUAUUAAACAAUCUGCUUAUGAUUCAAAGGCGGAUAUUUGGUCAUUAGGAAUAACAGCUAUAGAGUUGGCCAAAGGCGAACCACCCAAUUCUGAGCUACAUCCAAUGAGGGUAUUAUUUUUGAUUCCAAAAAAUAAUCCUCCUCAAUUGACAGGAAACUAUACUAAACAAUUUAAAGAAUUUGUGGAGGCAUGUUUAAAUAAAGAUCCUGAAAAUAGACCAACCGCUAAAGAACUUUUGAAAUUUCCAUUCAUCAGAAAAGCUAAAAAAAGUUCAUACUUGGUGGAUCUUAUUGAUCGUUACAAAAAAUGGAAAUCUCAACGUAAUGAAGAGAGCGAGACAGAGUCAGAAAAUUCAGAUGUGGAAGAUUCUGGUAAAAAUGAUAGUGAUUUAGAUGAACCAUGGAUCAUGACUGUUAGAGGACCCAAUUCUUUAAAGCCCUUAUUAAACUCCACUCCUGAAUCAAGUUCUGCUUCACCAUCUCAAUUACUAUCUAAGAAAACUCAACAGAAUGGAUCAUUACAAUCAUCUAAAAAGUCAUCCAAUAACAAAUCCAAUGUCGUUGAAUCAAAUUUGAUUGUCAGUCAUAUUCAUGGAUCCAAAAAUUCAGAUAAGCGCAAUUCAAAUUCCAAAGAGAUUGAAACAAAACGCAGUGUUACUCGCAUGUCAGAACAUACGGAUAAUAAGAAACAACCUGUUCAUCCUAAGACUAGCCAGAACCAUAACAACUCAUGCUGGUCACCGUGUCUUUCCCUUUUAAUAUUUCCAUUGAUAUCUGAGUUACAAAAGAGAUAUCGGUACAAAAACGAUGUAUCCUAUAAGAUUGAUGCUAUUGAAGAGUUGAAAAACUCAUUCGAGUUGGCUGAACGUGCAAGCCCAGGCAUAAGUGAUCAGUUUCUCAGGGAAAUGAUACACAAAUUAUUACCAUCAUUAUCAGAACAGAGGAUAUCCAACAUGCUAGAUCAUAUGAUUAGGGACAAACAUUGA